UUGUUCAAUUUUUUAUUAAUCGUUUUAUAUAAUUUUGAAAAAAUUACGACAAGUUUCGGUUGAAAAUAUUGAAAAGAGUAGGUAACAAUUUUGAUGAUAUAGUGUAUGAUAAAUUAUGAUCGGGAGAUCUCGUAAACUGUAUAUUUUAAUUCUAAUUUUGCUCUGCAGUCCUGCUCGACUGCAAGAACAUAGUUGCGCCCAAUGCUCAACAUGCAGAUCAGGAGGUGACGCCAAAGAAAUCUUCGAUGCGGCAUUCGAGUUUGUUACCAGUAACAGUGAAUUCAGUGGAAUGGGCAGAGCCCCUGACUAUCCAGAUGAAAAGUCGGCAAUUCCCGGGUGUCCAACUGAAAAAGAUGAGGACCCUGACACCACUGGAACUCUAUCAAGUGGUUGCCUCUCCAUGGCUCUGAGCACAUUCUCCAACACGGGCGAGAUCAAAAACGUUACUCUUUCAUGUGUUAUACUGAUGGCUAAGGAACAUUUUUUGCAGAUGGGCGCAAUACCAUCAGAUCAGCUCCCAGCUAUUCUGAGUGCCAUGGAAACUACGUUGACGGCAGAUAAAAUAAAGAGCUGGAUCAAUGAGUCAAGUAUGAAAAGUGACCAGGUGGAUUCCGUGUCAGUCUAUGUCAGCAUGUGCGACGACAAAAACAACUGCAACGCCAUGCCUGAAAACGGAAAAAAGGCGUUUGUGUUCGGCAUCGGAAAAUACAACAUCGAAGACAUUGAAAAUGACAGUUCAGCGGUCGUGCAGAAACUAAUGACUGUCUUCCAAGCAUUUUGUGAGAAGGUGAUGUCUAAAAUGGUGGGGGUGUGGGGGUGUUCUUCUCCAGAAGUGUUAGCUGCAGGCGAUGACAAAAAAGAGGGAAACAAAAGAUUGAAGCGAUCAACUGGGGAAGAAGCGGAUUACGAAGUACAGGUCACACUCGAUGUUACAAUUGGUAUUGAAUACAGCGAUAACGACGUGAACAAGGUUUACCAAACGGUCAUCAACGAACUGGGCAAAGAUGACGAGUUCGCUAUGGUGGUGGAAAAGUUCUCCCAAUCAAUCCAAACCAAGUCGGCAGCUGAAAAAACUGCCCGGAACAUAUAUGCAGUUAUGCUGGCAUGGUCUAUCCUGUCAAUUUUGUUUUCCUGUGGCUAUCACUGAAAAUCCUCAAAAAAAUACAACGCGUCAACGAAUUGAACUUAGAUCUUCACCACAAAAAUUUACUUCUCGAGACUGUCAGCUUUAAAAAAAAGGCAAAAAAUGCGUCGAUCCGUUCUGCAAACGACUCAGAUGCGUUCAUUGCACAUAAAAACACAAUAUCAGAAGUUUGACAACAUAAUCAUUAUGAAUUUUGUUCUGCUUGCGCGAGUAUAAUUCAUUUU